AUGGAAAAAACAGACGAUGGGAAAAAAGGCAAAACUAAAAAGUCAAUGAAAGGAAAGAACGAUAGUUCGUCGGACGGAACUGAAGAGUCGGUCACAGAAAAGGACAAUGCUUCGUUAAAAAAAUCAGAAAAUUCGAUAGCAGAAAAGAACAAAUGUAUUUCAAACAAAACUGAAAUGACGCUGGCAGAAAAGGACGGUUGUUUGUUUAACGAAAAUUUGAAGCCGACGACAGACAGAGAAAUUAGUACAACAGACAAAAGUAAAAAGGAUGAAUGUAUGAAAAGAAAAUACGAUAAGGAUGAGUCUAAUGCCAGAAAUCUUAUAGACUGCAUUAUUUCUGUAAAAGUUCCAAACUCAGAUAAAAAUAAAUUAUCGUCAUGCAUAAAUAUAUGUAUUGCAUUACAGGUUUCAAAACACGAUGCCACAAAAGUGCAGAGGGAGUUAGAAGGAGAAAUGUUUGACAAGUUUUCAGAAGGUUGUGAAGUUAUGAAUGCUACAAAAAUACCAUAUUCGAAUUUAGAUAGUUAUUUAGAUUAUUUGCAAUGUGCAUUUGAAGGAAUUGAUAACGACGUGCGAACAAAUAUUAAUUCCGCACUGUGCACGAAAAAAGAAUGGAAGUCCAGAAUGGUAGAAUGGAAUUUCAAACAACCUGAUGAUUCGGGGAUAAUAUAUGGGUUGAUUGCGUUUGGCAGAUCUAAAGAUCAGCAAUAUGUCGAUUGCAUGUAUGUUUUAUACAAAAUGGACUUUGCACUUACUCCACAUGAAAUUGUGACAGAGAAGAAAUCCUCCUGGUUAUUUGGACUCAAAACCGAUACUUCCCUGAAAGUUGAAUUUAUUGACCAUCACCUUGAUGUAAAAUCAAUACAGGAUAUACAAAACUUUUUUAGAGUGAAAGCACUGGAAAAAAUUUAUAAAGAAGGUUACAUUGAGUCAAUUAAUUUUGUGGAUUCUUUAGAUGAAAUAUCGGACUCAAAAUGA